AUGGCUCCGAAUUCUGUCGUAUGUAUUUUCGAUACAAACCGAUUAACGUACAGGAGUUUGACGGUAGAAGGAAUUUGCAAUUUUUUGGAUUUGGCGAAUAUGUCGACGAAUUCGUUGCUGUUGCACAAGCAGGCACGUCAUAUUCAAAUUUUCACUGCAUACUCCCUAUGGAUUGACCACCAUGUUCACGUCUUCCCUUUCAUUUCAAUCGCGUUGGCCACGGUUGAAACUUUUUCGCAAAUGGAACCCGAACUACGAAGUCUUUCUAUCGUCGUCAAUGUUAUCGCUACUGUUGAUGAUAUUGUUAUCGCUACUGUACUAUCUUUUCUGUUUCAAUCAUCCAAGAAUGGAUUUCGCAGAUUUGUGCCCUUCAUACGUUCUAUGUACUUACUUGUUACAGACGCUACAUGCGGUGAACACUGGAGCUAUUACCAGAUGUUGGCAGCUCCGAACACACUCAUAUACGUUGCGUUCUAUUUCUGCAUUGGUCGGCUGUACACGGCGUCAUUACUAGCAACUCUGAACGCACGGAAUGGCGUAUCGAACGUGGUUAACGAUGUAGAAACUACAUCUGGUCGCAGGUCUCCUCUUGCAUUCAGAAGCUUUGUGAAUGGAAGUGAGAUUGACAGGGAUAUAUUCAAUAAACAGAACGAUUCUGCGAUCAAGGGGAUGGACAGUGUUCAGCUCGAAACGGAAAAUAACUAUACGGAUCGACAGUCACAAGAACAUACAAACAUCUUACCAGUUGCCUACGGUUCCGCAAGAGGUCCACUUCUAUGCAAUUUAACUGCUACAAUUUGA